AUGAAUCAAUUUGAUGAAUUUAUAGACGAGACAGAUAAAAGAUUAAAUAUCGACACAAGCACGCAGAUAUCUGUAUCAAAUAAUCGUCAAGAUAAUGAUCUCCCGAAGGACAACUCUGUUACCUCUAGUCCCAAAUCACCAAUAAUAAGUAAUACUUCCAAAUUUAAUUUACAACGUCAGAUCACUCCAACGCGAAUAGUUGAUCAUCCAUUGAAAGAUUCUGAAUCAACAUAUAAUAAAGAACUAAAUAUGAAUUUAGUAUCGAACAAAGAUAUAGCUUCUGAGCGGCCACUUGAUGUAAAACCUUUAGAGCCUGUACUUCAUACAAGAGUUACUGUCCCAAAGAGAAGAAGUGUUAUGUUGAAUAAGAGAAGAUCACUUAUACAACCAGUUAUGGCACCGAUAUCACCUGAGACCUUUAUUAAUAAAUCCAAUGUAUCAGAUGAUAAUCUAGUAAAAUCAAAUGAUGAUGUUCCAAUUAGGAAAUAUAGUAUUGGUAAUUCAAAUAUAAUAGAUCCUGAGCAUGUUCAACUUUCAGUUCAUUCCAGAAGUAGUUCUUUGGCAUCUAGUUCGGCGAAUUUAGAUACCAUGGAUAUUAAUAGUCUAUUGAAAAGUUUAGCUAGUAAAGAGAUGGAUUUAUUUGAAAGUAAACAAAAAAUUGAAGAUUUGAAGAAACAAUUAAGCCAACAACAAAAACUUUAUGAUCAGCAUGCUAAAGAAUUACAACAAUUGAAAACACAAGUUACAAAACAUUUAAGUGAAAAUGUUAAUGCUCAGAGUAGUACAACAACACCUGGCUCGGGUAAUGUUCCACCAUCACAGAUACAGAGUGUUCCAAUAUCGGCUCCUGAUGUUCAACAACCUUCUUCUGUGGCAAAUCAUACAUCUCCGAUAUCAGAAAAGAAGAAUGUAAAUAGUUUACAUCGUCGUGGCACAAGGACAUUAAGACCUAAAAAAAAUGGAACUCCAACAAGUAAUAAGACGAAAGAGGUACCUAUUUCACCAGAAUGUAGAAUUGAACCUCCCUCAUCGAAACCUGAAGAAUCUGCGUGGAAUAAACCAUUUGCUAUGUUCAACCAGUUUGAUCAAAUAUUACAGAAUGAAUUGGAAAAAUCCUUAAAUUGGGAUAGUGAAACAGAUAACGAUUCUCCAGAAAAAUUAGAUAGAACAAAGGGGGCAAACGUAUUUAACACUAGUAAUUCGUCAGGUAGGAAUACUAUGCCAGUUGAAAAUACUAUUCUUGAGGCUAAUUCAUCUUCUGUAAAUCCAAGUUUAUCGAAAUCUUUAUGGAGUUUCGUUGAUACUGUACGGUCUGGUCUUCUUGGUAUUGGUGAAGAUGAGGAAUAUGAGAAUGAAAAUGUUAGUGAUAAAUCAUCUUAUCUUAAUGAAAGAGCUGGUUCGAAUCAAUCUAUUUAUAACAAUAAUAAUGCAAUGAAACAAUUUAAAACAACUCAAAAGAGUCAAGGGAAUAAAUUACAAUUCAUUGGUGAUACAAAGGACAAUAAUCAAGAGUCUAUACGCAGAAAUGUUGAAAUGAAGGAAUUUUAA